UGGCGAUGUUGCUCGACUUCCUUACUCUCGACGUCUUCACGGACACACGCUACGAGGGCAAUCCUUUAGGGGUAGUCCUCGUACCUUCGGCCGACGCACUCAGCGGAGAGCAAAAGCAAGCAAUCGCGAAGGAGUUCAAUCUCAGCGAGACCGUAUUCAUCUAUCCUCCCGACCUGGUCACGGGGCGUGUCAAAGUCAACAUAUACACAACAAAGCAGGAAUUAUCCUUCGCUGGUCAUCCUGUCGUCGGGAGCACAUAUUACCUCCUGGGUAUUGGCCCGCUGAAAGGGAGGCAGGAGGCUGUCCUGGAUAUUCUGGCAGGUCUUACGCCGAUUACCUAUGACCCGGGCGCGUCACAGGCCUCCGUGAGGGUCGCGCACGAUGUGCUCAUUCAUAAGCCCUACAAAGAGCUUCUGGGGAAGAUCGAGGGCCUGACUGACGCUAAUCUGGUGCAGUUGGCGGAGGGAGGUGUAGCCGUGGUGUCCAUUGUCAAAGGGAUGACGUUCCUUAUGGUGCAGCUGAAGGAUCUGGAGGCGUUAGAGAGCUUACGAGGCAUAAGGGAUGAGCUUGUCGUCGAGGGCAAGGGGGAGCGAAAAGACGAGAAAGAUUGGCUUGUAGGGUUUGUCGGGACUUACUGUUUCGUCGUCACGGGUGAGACGACGGAAAACGGGGUGGUUCUGAAGAAAGUGCGAACGCGUAUGCUUUAUGGGAUCGGGCAAGAGGAUCCCGCCACCGGGAGUGCUGCUAGUGCAUUCAGUGCAUGGAUGAGCUUGACUAGGGCGCCACAGGGAGAGGGCGAGCAGAGAUACCAGAUCACACAGGGAGUCGAGAUGGGCAGGAGGAGCGAAAUUGGUGUGAUCGUGCGCCAAGGAGCAAAGGGAGUUAAGGAAAUUAAGCUCCAGGGUCAGGCGGUGAAGGUAAUGGAAGGAAAGAUAGAGGUAUGAGUCCUGACAGGGCGCACGAAAUACUCGCGUUUCGGUCAGUGAUCAGCCACGGAAGGUUCUUGGGAAGAGGUGUCGGGCUGGGAGAUACUGAGUGUACCAUAAUACAUUCAUACAAUCGGAUCAUUUGUGGCAAAGAGUCAGUCGCAAGCAUUCCUCCCUAUUCCUGCGUAGACAAUCAGCGAAGUGACGUGCCUCUUGGGCGCCUGAUAAUGGGUUGUUUCGCUUCGGCAGCACUCCUGCGUCGACGUCGCAGAAGGUUUUGUGACACUGUCAUUUGAAUGCUUGACAUGCCAACCGGGGACAUCACCGUAUAUGCCUUUCUGGAGGCGGCUGAAGGGAGAGAGGAUGAACUUCUGGAGACGUUGAGCAAGGCUCAAGCGUACGCGGAGUCGGAGGAGCCUGGCUGCUUGCAGUACCGCAUCAGCUUUGACCCGAAGAACAAGCGGUUCGUCUGCGUGUUUGAAGUCUACGAAAACCAAGCAGCUCUCGACAAACACAUUCAGAGCGAGGUUUCUAAAAACAACGUUGCAUUCUAUGAAUCGGGCGGCCUGGCCAGGCCGUUGUCCGAGAUGGACAUCCGCAUCCAUACAGAGUACCGCAAAUGACAAUCUGUUUUAUCUUUUAAAUGGCUCAAAUAUUCAUAUCCUUCCUGA